AAUUCAACUUAAACCUUGACAAAACGAUAAUUUCACUUUUCUCCCUACUACUUCUUACUUUCCUAGCUCGGCCAAACUCACUCAUCUGGCGCACAGCAAAGACUGCGAAGACUUCACCCAAGAAGGGACGAGUUUCUUUCACAUUUAUUGAAAUGGCCAGACGUCUAGCUGGAUUUCUGGUUCUGUUACUUGUAGUAUCGAUCUGCGAAGCCGCUUUUCUUUUUCAACCAAUCUCCGAUUCUCAUCGAUCUACCGCUCUUGAACUCUUCACUCCCGACCAUGGAUCAUUCAAAAGCUUGGAAGAAACAUAUGAGGCACUAAGAACAUUUCAGAUUCUUGGAAUUGAAAAGAAGCCUGAUUUAACAGCUACAGCUUGCCGCUCAAUUUCUGAAACUGUUGGGUCAUCUUCAUCGACUGCAAAGGAUCUUUUCUAUGCUUUAAAAGCAAAUAGUAUAGCGGAAUGCAAGAUUGACAAGAAAGCUUCUAAGGGCAUUAUUUCAAGACUUAAAGCUGCCGUAAGUGGUGCGAGUUCAUUGCUUGACUUCUACUAUUCAGUAGGAGGUUUGGUACUCAUCAAGGAUCAAAGUUCUGAAGCUGAUGUUCAUCUUGCUGAUGCUGAGGGAGUGUUCCGCUCUGUCAAGGCUUUCAGCCAGAGUGAUGGCAGGUGGCGUUAUAGUUCAAAUAACCCCGAAUCUAGUGCUUUUGCUGCUGGAAUUGCACUUGAAACGCAUGCUGGAAUUGUUUCGUUAGCAUCUUCAGAAAUUGACCAAUCUUUGAUUUGUACUCUAAAGAAUGAUAUAAUCAAGCUUUUUGACAGCAUCGAGAAAUAUGAUGAUGGGGCCCUUUACUUUGAUGAUAAACUUGUUGAUGGUCAUGAAUACCAAGGUCCUGUAUCAACCACCUCAUCUGUUCUUAGAGGCCUAACAGCAUUUGCUGCAGUGACUGCUGAAAAUCUCAAUCUUCCAGGGGACAAAAUUCUUGGAUUAGCUAAAUUCUUCCUUGGUAUUGGUGUUCCUGGUGAUGCCAAAGAUUUCUUCAACCAAAUAGACUCCUUAGCUUGUUUGGAAAGCAACAGGGUUUCUAUACCACUUAUCUUAUCGUUUCCAUCAACGGUGCUUUCAUUGACUAGAAAAGACUCACUCAAGGUUGGAGUUAGCACUGUGCUUGGUUCAGAAGUACCAUCUCUAACAGUAAAGCUUGUGGGAGCUUUUAGUUCUGGUUCAAAGGAUGCUUCUCUAGUUGAAAGCCAGGAACUUAAUUUUGACAAGACAUCUGGGCUACAUAUCUUGAACGACUUGCCGAAGAGUAUUGAUGUUGGAAGUUACACAUUUGUUUUUGAGAUUGUGCUUCAUGAACCUAAGCAUGAAGAGGUUUAUUUUAAGGGAAGCCAAACAAAAGUACCAAUAUCUGUCACUGGACUUAUCAAGAUUGAAAAUUCAGAAAUUGCAGUUCUUGACAGUGAUCUUGGGAGUAUAGAAUCGCAGAAAAAGCUAGAUUUAGCUGGAAAAUAUGCUAUAUCAUUAUCAGCAAACCAUCUCCAGAAGCUGCGUCUAUCCUUUCAGUUGACAACUCCUCGUGGACGUUCUUUUAAGCCACAUCAGGCAUUUCUCAAGUUGAGACAUGAGAGCAAGGUUGAGCACAUCUUUGUGGUUGGGAACUCUGGAAAACAGUUUGAGAUAGUUCUAAAUUUUCUUGGGCUGGUUGAGAAGUUCUUCUAUCUCUCAGGCAAAUAUGACAUGGAGCUCACUGUUGGUGAUGCCGCUAUGGAGAACUCUUUGUUAGUAGCUAUCGGACAUAUUGAGUUAGAUCUACCAGAAGCACCCGAGAAGGCACCCCGCCCUCCUCCUCAGCCCGUAGAUCCAUACUCAAGAUAUGGACCCAAAGCAGAGAUAACACACAUCUUCAGGGCUCCUGAAAAGCGUCCGCCUCAGGAGCUUUCCCUUGCUUUCCUGGGGCUUACUAUCUUGCCAUUGCUUGGAUUUUUGAUUGGGCUAUUACGUCUAGGGGUGAAUCUGAAGAACUUUCCCACCAAACCCUUACCUGCCACAUUUGCCGUUCUCUUCCAUGUUGGCAUUGGAGCAGUUCUAUUGCUCUAUGUGUUUUUCUGGGUGAAGUUGGAUCUAUUCCAAACACUAAAGAUACUUGGUUUCUUGGGAGGAAUCCUUGUGUUUGUUGGGCAUAGAAUCCUAUCCCACCUGGCCGCUGCGUCAGCCAAGUUGAAAUCUGCCUGAGCUUGAGAAAGGACAAAUAAAUUAGUCGUUGAACAUUUUAACUCAAAUUUUGUAGGUCCAUUUUGACAACAUUUAAGUUCUCUAUUACGAAUCCUAGUCGUAGUAACGUUAAGAAAA